AUGAAGAAGGGUUUUUUGGCAUCAGCUGGCCCUAAAUGCUCCAAAAUUAGGCCGCCACAGCGACAGACACCAAAGACGGCUGAAGGGAAGUACACUUUUGACCACUUCGAGCUUGAGCGGUUCCUCGGGAAUGGCAAUUUUUCUGAAGUCUUUGAAGUUACGGAGAAGGGCACCGCGAACACAUUCGCCCUCAAAGUAUUUAAUCGGAAUGAUGUAAUGCGCCUCAACAAGGUAGACGACGUCCGGAUGGAGCGCCACGCAAUGCUGAGACUCAAUGAUCCUGGCCACCCUAAUAUAAUCCGGCUUCUAGAUACUUUUAAGGAUGAGCACCGCGUUUGUUUCCUUUAUGAACUAGCCGAAGGUGGAGAGCUGUGGGAGUACGUGAAAUAUGCCGGAAUCAUGGACAAGGCUUGGGCCCUUCGCAUUAUCUCGCAGCUGGUCUCAGCAGUAGAGUACCUACACUCCAAGAACAUCGUUCACAGAGACUUGAAGGCGGAAAACCUGGUUCUCACCAGAGAUGGAGUUUUGAAAUUAAUUGACUUGGGCAACGCUAUGGAUUUGGAUCACCCCGAAGUUGCAGCUCCUGGGCUAGGAACCUACCUGCCGCCCACCUUGCUCAGGAUGAGCAGCCGCAGGGCGAUCCGGCGCCCCACAUUUCAACAUUACGUGGGAACGCCGCAGUUCAUGCCGCCUGAGGCGAUCAAGAACCAAGACAGCGGAAAGCUGAGGGAUCUGUGGAGCCUUGGAUGUACGAUCUACCAAAUACUAGCAGGAAAUCCCCCGUUCAGCGGGUCCACCGACUACUUUAUUCUACUGCGGGUCGAGGCCAGAUCUCUGGAAUUUCCCCCCGACUUCGAUCCUUUUGCCCGGGAUCUCGUGGAGCGGCUCCUAGUGGCGGAACCCGCCAAGCGGCUGGGUGCAAACGGCUUCGAAGAGAUAAAAAGUCAUCCCUUUUUCCCGCCGGGAUGUUUUGACCAGUCCAGCCUUCCAAGCGAUGCCAUGGACAAGGCCCGCCAGGGCAAGUACAUGCAGCAGCAAAGCCAAACUCUAAAACGUUCGUCCGACUCGCUGAAAGCUGAACAAGUGGAAGCGCCAAGUGGGGAGGCCUGUGAAAUUCGCUCUGAUUUGGAAGCAGGCACUGCUCCCGCGGGCGAGCAUGCCUUCUCCUCUGCUAGCAAGCAACGCGACGGGAGCGGCCAGGGGGAACAUGCGGCAGGCUGCAGGUCGCUUUCUAAGGGAGGCUUUGGGUCGUCGGAUGCGUAUAUCAGCGUUGAGUCUAUCGAAGAGCUGCUGGAUCACGUAGUUCCGCGCGCAGUGCGAGAACAGCCCAAGGCAGAAAUGCCUCCCCAUGUGCGGAUCCUCGUGGAGCGCCUCGAGUAUUUUCUGCGCAGUCAAGGCAGUCAGUUCUCUAGGGAAUGCACCAUGGCCGAUGAAUGGGACCUUAGGCACGAGGCUUGUGCGGACUCCAGUGAUGAAGGAGAGUGCGAAGGCAACGGUGACUCCCAAACGUCAAAGCGAGACACUGACAUCGAUGUCGGGGGUGCGAGCUCAUAG